AUGGUAUCACAACCGGCAUUCGACGUCAAGGGCAAGACAGCCAUAGUGACUGGCGCAGGCUCAGGCAUCAACUACUGCUUCGCCAAACUGCUCCUGGACAAAGGCUGCAAUGUGCUCAUUGCAGAUCUAUCACUUCGGCCUGAGGCACAACGCCUAGUCGAGCAAUAUUCCACCAGUACACCGCGCGCCGUGUUUCAAAAGACGGACGUCACCAACUGGGCCGAGCUAGAAAACAUGUUUGCUCAAGCUACCGAAGAAUUUGGAAAAAUCGACAUCGUCUGCCCUGGCGCCGGCAUCUACGACCCUCCUUGGAGCAACUUCUGGCACCCACCCGGCACCUCAACGUCUCGCGAUACCAGGGACGGUGGUCGAUACGCAACACUAGACAUCAACAUAACCCACCCGAUCCGCACCACGCAGCUCGCCAUCGCCGCAUUCCUGGAUUCUCAGAAACUCGACCCAAGCAAACCCAGAGCGCCGAAACGCAUCCUCAUCGUAAGCAGCAUAGCCGGGCAGAACAGUAAUUUGCACACGCCCAUCUACGUCGCAGCCAAACACGCAAUGAACGGCUUCAUCCGCUCCCUCUCCGCGCUCGAACCCAGGUUCAACAUCCGCGUCAACGGCGUCGCCCCCGGCGUCAUCAAGACACCGCUCUGGACCGAACACCCGGAAAAACUGCAGUUCAUCUCCACAGACGCAGAUGAGUGGGCGACGCCGGAGGAGGUUGCUGAAGCUAUGCUGACGUGUUUGGUGGAUGAGGAUUUGCCGGGUGGUAGCAUCCUGGAGGUUGGGAAGGAGCAGACGAGGUUGGUGCAGGCGCUGAACGAUCCAGGGCCUAGUGGGCCGGGACAUACGGUUAGUAAUUUGGUGGGGAAGUAUAAGGAGGUCUAUGGGCUGCUUGAGGGCGGGGAUUGGGGGAGGCUCAGGGGAAAGUUGUAG